AUGAUCCGGUCCACGCAAAUAGCGCGCCUAGACGGCCUGAUUUUGGCCGCCUCCGUCGACGAUGAACAGUCGGAAUCCGAGCUCGUCGAAAUCAAGGGCAAGGUCAAGCAGAUCCUCCGCCGGGUGAACCGCAACUCUGAGCCGCAGGCCAGCAUUGAAGGCGGCCAAUACACCAUCCACUACCUCAUCGACGAUGCUCUUAUCUUCCUCUGCAUCUGCGACCGCUCUUACCCCCGAAAGCUUGCCUUUGUCUUCCUGUCCGACAUCAAGCAGGAAUUCACCACCACCUACCCCUCGCAACAGUACCUCGCCGCUACCUGCCGCCCUUAUGCCUUCGUCGAGUUCGACACCUUCAUCCAGCGAACCAAGAAGACGUACCAGGACAGCAGAGCCACCCAGAACUUGGACAAGCUGAACGAUGAGCUGAAGGAUGUCACCAAGGUCAUGACAAAGAACAUUGAGGAUCUGCUCUACAGAGGAGACAGUCUGGAGCGCAUGGGAGAUAUGAGCAGUCGGCUCCGCGAGGACAGCCGAAAAUACCGCAAGGCAGCUGUCAGGAUCAAUUGGGAACUGUUGUUGCGCCAGUACGGUCCCGUCGGCGGCAUCGCCUUCAUCAUGAUCGUGUUUAUUUGGUGGCGCUUCUUCUGA